GGUAUAAACACGAACCUAUAGAUAGUCAAAGAGCGGUUGCCGUGCUGGAUGCUGUGGUCCUUUCGCUCUUGUACGUACGACUUUCGUUGGGUAGUUCGAUUCUGGCGCACAUCUGCCAUCGAUUUUGAAUAAAACUGUGGGAUUUGCGACCGGAAAAUAUGAUAUUUGUGUUGGUUUUAGUGAAACGGAAGUCAUUCUGCACUUGAUUGACCCGAAUCUACCGAAAAUUAAUGAGCGAAAUGAAAGCGGUACCAUAGUUUCGUGUUUACUAUGGUUCCUGCGAUUUGACUAUGUGGCGUAAAGUUGUUGUGGUGCUUCUGGGUUUAGUUUUUACCAUACCGCAGCAGAUUUGGGCAGCUUCAACCACGGAAGUACGGGGUUCCAAACAAGACUGCACCGAACCCGACUGUCUUCAAUGCGGCUCAAACGGAUGUGAAAAAUGUCCAAAACUCAUCGUGAAUCCUUCAAGAAGAUGUGUUGAAGAAUGCCCGUUCGGAUACACGAAAAACUGGAGUACCAUGGUGGAUUUCAUGGGCAUAGUUUGCAGCCACAACGGGAACUUCUUGGGUUUAUCCUCCAACGCACUGACCAUUCUCACUGGAAUUGUUGCGGGAAUUUUGCUUUGCUUGAUACUAUUUUUUGUAGCAUUUGUUUAUAUGAAAUUUAGAAGAAAACGAGCGGUGGUAAAUAGCGAUACCAGUUCCGAAACUGAUGAAACUCCUGAGAGAAGAGAUUUCGUGAAACAACUGGAAACUUUAAGGCCCUAUUCUCAAUGUUACCUUGAUAUGCUCAAUGAAACAAGGCAACAGGUGAGACAAUUACACCAAGAAGGAGAUAACAGUGCCAUUGGGGUUUAUAAACCUGUUGUUCGAGAUCUUGCCAAAAUUCUGUUACUUCUCAAUAGAUCCCCUGACAGUGUCGUUAUACCAGACGACUGGGAGCAUUUAUUCGACUGGGCCGAAAAGGCGUUGAAACGAUACAAACGAAUGAGCGAUUCUUCUCAGCCUCAAGUGGCUCAGCUGAUCAAUUUCCUACAAUCCCCGAUUUUGCCAAGCGAUGUAGACGAACCGGAGUACUCAGUUCGUGGCAGCACAACCAUGAGUACCUUCAAGCCUGAGCAAACAUUCGGCUCGUCGCUGAGCUUACAGAACGCAGCCAUUAAGGGCUUCAGUACGAAUUAUGAGAAAUAUUCAAACAAUGAACUGAAUCCAGAAUGGAAGUUUGAAUAUACGUUGGUCGGAAACACAUCAUCUGAAUUCGACCCGGUGGCGUGGAAGAACAGCAAGGAAUUUAUGAGUGGAUCUCCUCUAUUCUUGGAAGAUGACUUUUACCAGUUAGGAUUUAGACCUCAAGACGUGAUUACGACGGAGUUGUGAAAAAGUACAAGUUUAUUUUUAGGGUAAUUCUAAGUUUGUAUGUUAAUGGACUGUGAUUUCCCUUCGUUGGGCUUCGGGGCAAUAUAAUGAGAACAAUGUGAAAACUCCAAAUUUUUUCAGUCAGGUUAUGCCGACUAUUUUUGAUGCCUUAGUGGCUCUAAGCUUGCAAGUUGGCAAUAAAAGUAUUUAAAAAAAGAUUCAUCCAUUUUACUGAUUUUGAAGCAUCAAACAUCGAUUUUUGCGUUUGUUUAAAACUUUAUGGUGUGCUUAUAUCACGCUAAGACUUUCAAAUGCGAAAUUUCUAGUCAUAUUUUGUAGUUUUUUUUUUUAAUAUUAAUAGUUUGAUUUUUACCGCAAAUUUUCCGUUCAUUAACUAUUGUAUUUCAAAAAGUUUCAGAAAUCGUCAAUUAAUGAAGAAAAUGCUUUAAUAUUGCGUUUAAAUGCUACAAAGACUUUUUUGUACCUUCAGUUUGUUAAUAGUUCACAAUUGAAAAGCUUGUUGAAUUAGAAAAAUUCUAAUACAAAAACGAUGUUAUAAAAUGCAUUAAAGUGUACUGCGGUUGCUUAUAAAAAAUACGUAUAACAUUUUAAAACUCAAUCGAACUCAAUCAACUCAACGAAUUUCAAAAAUUCUUUCGAAAAAAGCCUUUGACGACGUUCGGGUCAUUCCAUGUUGAAAUAAUAUAAACACUAUAUUAAAUUUUCACGUUUAAAAUCGUCGAUAAGCAGCGGUUCUUCAUUUCAAGUUAUUUUUGGAAAACUGAAUUAAAACUAGCGGAAAGUUAAACUAGUACUUCCAGUGAGUUGUGGAAUACAGCAAGAUAGAGUGAAAAUGCAUGAAUUAGUGAUUAUAGUAGUUUAGAGAGACUUGAGGCUAUUAGCUAAGGUAGAGUAUGAAUUACUUAAAAAAAGCUGUAUAAUAUGGGAUUUUUAAAACUAAAUGCGUAAUCAUUUUGUAAAUACUGAUAAUCAUACUACUUAUCUAAGAAAAAAUUAGUAGAACCAUUUAUAACAAUGUUUGUAUAAUUUCAUUCGUCACUCUCUCCUCGUACAAAAAUCGUUAAAUUUGUCAAGUCUAAAAUCAGUCAAAGUUUUAAUUGAUCGUUUCUCCUGCCUAACAACUACUUUUGCUUGACUUUGAAUUAAUUUCAACCAAAUGGUUUUUAUUAUAGCGAAUGACGCCAUAAGCGUGAUACAUCCUUAGAUCCGAAAGCAUACUUUUACAUGAACAGUAAACAUUUAAUAAAUUGCUUAUUAAAGUGUAAAUUAAGAACUAGAAAGUAUUAGAAAAAAUCCGACAAAUACCUAAUGAAAAGAUGUACAAUAAAGAGCAAACUUUUUCCUCCUGCAUUGUACUAUUUUUGAAUUAUUUGCUAAAGAAGGCAAUCCGCAACUGUAUUGUUCUGUUGGAACGAAAGCAGGGAGCGUAUCGAUUUUUUGAUUACACAUUUUUUUACGUGUUGGCAAAAAUUAAACUUUUGCAGAUUUGGAGAAGAACGACAGUAUAGGGACAAAUUCUUAGCAAACACAGUGUUGGACGGCAAAAACUAUUUUUUUCACUUUUCCUCAAUUCUUAACAUUUAAAAAAAUAGAAAAGAUAAAAAAAAUUUUAAAGAAAUAUCCGAGGGUUGACUUUACCAAUUCGUAGCUUAGAACAUUUUAUGUUAACCGACGCGCAAUGAGGGUAAAAUUAUUGAAAGGUCCACAGAUUGAGGCCUACAGAUCCCAGUGGCUAAGUAAUGAGACUUCGAUAACCACCGAUGUAAGCAAUUUUUAUUUAGAAAAUUAGUGACCACUCUUUUAUCUUAAAGUUGGUCAGAUGAUUGAUAAACGAACUAUCUCGGAUGACGCGCUGUAGAAGCCGCUCAUUUACAACUUAAACCAUUUUUCCAUGAGUUUAGUACAUAUACAUACAGUGGAGCAUUUCACUAGAAUUAGGCAAAGAACCCACUAUUUUCCACUUGUCUGUGCUUCAACUACGUUUUAUAGAUCUGUUAACUUUCUAGAUCCCUGUACUAUAUAACCAUCGAAGAAACUGCUACAAGUUUGACUAAAUUAACCGACUUUCUAUCUCUUAAGAUUUCUGAGAUGUCAAUGUAUGAUAUGGAAUUUUGGAUAGGCCGUAAACUUGUUAAUUUAUUUUUAUACCUACUCUAUUUGAAUAUGUUAAUAGUUUUAUUGGCCGCCCUAACGCGAAUGAGAUAUUCAACAAUUAUUUUAGAUUAGACACUGUUCGAAGUGGGUGGUUUAAAUUAAGUUUGGCUCCGCAAAGCGGAUAUGCAAGCUAGUUGACCGGCAAUGUUUGAUUUAGUCUCGCAAAAUGAUGAUAAAUUAUGUAGGAACGCAAUUUAUUCUCGUGUUCAGUUUUUCGGUCAGAAAGUUUAAAAUUCUUCCAUUUUAUUUUGGUUUGCUUUAUGUAUAUUGAUUGCUUCCAACUGAUUUUUGGAAUUUCCAAUAUAAAAAUGCCGUAAUUAUGAGUUCAGAAAUGCUUCGUUUCUAACUCGCAAACUAAAGAUACAAAUUUUAAAUAUUGAACAAAAGGAGCACAAUAUGAAAAUACAAAUUAAGCCAGUAAAACCGUCAAGAGAAAAUGAGAAAAAAGGCUUUCAAUUUGACGACGAUGAUGAAAUAAAUUCUGAUGAAUCUAAAUUAUGAGAAGUAACAAGAACAUAAGACAUCGAUCCAUCUGAUUAAAAUCCUUCCUUCAGUAAUUUUCAAGUCAAAUACAUCUACCAUCUACACAUACUUCAAAUAAUACACCUGCUUGUGAUAUAUCGUGAAUAAUCGUGAGCUUAAAUCUAAAACUAGCCAAGUCUAAAAUAUCAAUUUUCGGUAAAUGCACUUUUAAACCGAGCCAAAAAUUAUAUAAAAAUUCUUUUGGCCAUUAAAAACAAAUUUUAGUGCACCUGUUUUUGUGGCCUUGGGGGACUCGUCGGUUUUUAUGACAAAUAUAUAAUUUUUUUUUAAUUACUUUCGACAAACACAAGUACGGCAAUUUUGGAUUUGGUCACUUUUAGCUUUAAACCCACGAUAUGUAGAUCUCAAAACCGCAACUGUUUAUCCGGGAUAAUGAAUAUUACUUACGUAUUGCUGCAAAUUCUUGAAGAUCGUUCAAAACAGUUUCGUGGGCCUGCGACCAACACAAAAUGAUCCUUUCCAUAAGAAGGCACAAAGAUAAUUUUUCGCAUUAAUUUGUACGUGUGUCACUCUUUGUAGCUUUCUGCUUGCAAGUGUUCCGGAUUUGCGCACUUACUAAAAGCACUGUUAAAAUACAACGCAUUGUAUGUUGUUUUAAUAAAAGCUGACAAUAAAAAAAAGGAUCAAAUCAAAACAAAAUCAAAUAACCGCUAUUCUUAUCUAAUGUCGAUGAGUUGCGACCACAUUUAUUGAAAAAUUAUUAAAAAAUAUUUUAAAUCAAGAGAUAAUAAUCGUGACAUUAAAUUUUUUAUACUUGAAAUUGAAAAAACCAGCACUUUGACUUCGUCAGUCUGUAAAGACGUGCGUAAAUAACAGAGAUAGAAACAUGGAUUGACGGUUGUUGUCAAAUAAUGUUUAAAGCAAAAGCUUGAAUGAUUUAAACGUUGAAAAAUCAGCCACAAGCUUAAUUUGCUUAUUUCAAAAACAUUUUCAGGAAGAAAUUAAUAAAAUACACGUGAAAGCCUGAAUAAAUCUUAAAACUCUUUCGAUAGUAGUAGCAGAUUUCUGACUCGAGUCUGUUUAAUUAUCAAUUUCUAAUUAAGUGCUAAUCACUAUGAUUAAUAUGUAGAGAAAACAUGUUUUACUUCUUGAAAGUUCUAUAUAUUGCUUGAUUCGAAUUAAAACCGAAAUGAGAAACUGCCCUGUUACACUUGAGAUAUGCGAAAUAUGUUAACCAAAUGCGAAUAGAGCAAUCUUGAUGGAGUUAAUGUGACUUAAAUUAACUUUUAAAUAAUUAACUUACUUUUUGAUGCUUCCAAAUGUAUAUUACUUUUUAAAAUUGAUAUUAAAUUGUAAAAGUUACCGGAUAAGCACUACGGUUGUGUCAAGUAGAUGUUAAAUAUGUCAUCACAGGAAUGUGAUGAUGGUGGACAAAAAGACAUCCACUAUUACGUCAUACACGAGAAUGCCGUAAUUUGUUUUAUUUUAAAUUAUUGAACAAUAAAAAUUAAUUGACUGAAAAUAUGACUAGAAUUCCUUCCAAAAUUGAGUUAAACAAAGACAGAAAUUCGAUUAUUUCACAAGCGCAUUUUUUUUAAACAUAUUUAAUUAAAAAAAAAAAACUUCUAUACAAUAAUUCCAAAUGAAGAGCAGAUUUUUUCGGCAGAUUUAAGUACUAAAGCAGUGGUUAAAUAACAAUAAAAUCACCUCAAUUUCUAUCGAAUAAUAACAGAGCCUAGAGCGAAUUAUGUAUGUACAGGUCAAAAACAGUUUGCCACAAUUAUGUGUAAAAUUUCUAUGAAUGUUUAAUAAUAAUUGUAAUGUAAAAAAAAUGUUGUAUCAAAUUGGCUUUGCCAACUCGUCAUUUAGUUGAUAAACAAUUCUUAAAAUUUAAAUCACAAUGGCAUUCAUAGAAAUACCGUUGUACUUAAGUAGGUACACCAUGCAACCUGAGCGAAUUACUAUCAUUUAGCCGAUAAGCAGGUUUUCCUUUGUGGGCUACUUUGAGUUAAUCAUCAAAAUAUGCUUGUAAAACGAUCUGGAAAUCACAGUUAGGUUUCUUUCAACUCGACAGUAUUAAGAACUUAGUUAGACGUACACACACACAUGCUUUUAAUAAGAAAAUAUGUUGCGCAAUACUUGCUUCUUUAUUUAUUGCCAAUUAAGACUGUACUCUAUUCAAAUGUUUACUGCUUAAACGAAUUAUGAAAUGAAGUGCGACCUAACAAGAUUUUAUCUUUAUUGACGGGAAUUACAAAAUGCGAUGAAAAUGAAGCAAAAGCAAAUAAAAUUUGCCUAACUCGAAAUUCUUGUUUUUAUUACAAAAUGUAAUUGAUUUUAGACAGGGUUUUGUAAGUACACACAUUUUUAGUAUAUGUGUUAUAAUUAUUAGAUCUAUCCAAAUCUUGUCGUUUGAAGAUUCAAAAACAGAUAUCUUCAAUAACUAAUAAUUUUUCCUUGGCAUAAAGCGUGUUAUGCAAAUACAUUUAUUUACCCGAUCUCAAAUCGACAGAGAAUAUAGAUAAAGUUGAUUUAGAGCAAAUAAUGUGAACACAAAAUUUAGCUUGCUUUUUCAUUGCUUUUGAAUGCUUGCUAUUUUGAAUGGUUUCUGAUUGCGCUCUGAAAAAACAUUAUUUCUAUUUAAGCCGCUAUACAUUGAGAAGUAAUUUAAAAUACAUAAUGAGCUUGAUGUCUUUUAUAAUUCAAAACUGAGUGAAUGCAACUAAGAAUAAAAACGCGACAAAGAAAGAAUCAAAAUCUCGGUAUAGUCAUUUUUUAGAUUGACAACAAAAAAACAAAAAUUAAUGCUCAAAUAAAAAGAAUAUUUGGUUGCUUAACGCUCUGUAUUACAGUAGAAAAAUAAUCUUCUAAAACUAUGUUUUAAAAAUUAAUCUUCUCGAAAAUAAUGAGCAUUUAUGUCCAAAAGUCCCAUUAAAUCCAAUAAAGAACUUUGAAAUGUUCUUCCUAAACGUUUCGAUUCUCUGUUUGUGAAGCCACUAUUUUUUAUUCUGAAGAUUUCAUGCAUUUUACUUUACUCGUUUUUUAUAAAAUAUUCACCACCACCUAAUUUUCAAACUAACUUCAAAACCAAUUUUUGAAACGUUUUUCUAAAAUAAUGCAGGAAAACAUAUUGAGAGCAUUUUAAAGGUACAUCGUACCCUACGUACAUAUGAGUAGAAUACAGUCUAAAUGACGAUUUUACCAAUUCUUCUAGUCAAUACAUUUUCUAUGUAAUAUUAUUAGCAUUUACCACCAAAUGAUAACUUAUCGUAUAACCAUUGAGAAGAAAUCCGAAAUCAUCGUUUCAAUAAUAUGAGCACUCAACUUAAACAGAAUUAAAUUUAAUCCGCUCGUUCUUCGCGGUAUUUUCACAUUUUAUAACUUGUAUAAAUCGCUGUAACAUAUAAAGCUUUAUAUGGGUAAAUUAUUAAGUGAUAAUAGUCAAUUAAAGUAAAUAACAAUUUUGAGUUUAUCUCUUAGUUCACUUUGUACUGUGAAUAAAUUAGCCCUAUUGCUUCAAAUACAAAUGUAGUUUAUUUAGUAACUUUUAUACGUUUGUAUAUACUUAUUGUUUAUAAUGUUCAUAAAAUAAAAAUACUGUGCCUGUAUA